AUGUUGCGACAAGUGAAGCCCAAAAAUGCCCGCGCGAAGCGGGCAAUGGACAAGCGUGAGCCGCUCGUCCACGAAAACCCCAAGACCACGCUCUUCGUCGCCGGCCAGAGGACGUCGCAAAUCCUCAAGCUUUGCACAGGCGACCUGCGCAUGCUCAAGAAGCCGUUCGUGGAGAGUUUCAUGAAGAAGAACGACAUCCACCCGUUUGAAGAUGCUUCCUCCCUCGAGUUCUUCUCCCUCAAAAACGACACCUCCCUCCUCAUCCUCAGUCUCCACUCCAAGAAACGCCCCCACUGCCUCACCCUCGUCCGCACCCACGGCCACAAAAUCCUCGACAUGCUCGAGCUCUACAUAAAUCCCUCCACCUUCCGCACCCUCCAGCAAUUCAAGAAUAAGAAACCCGCCGUGGGUCUCAAGCCCCUCAUCACCUUCCAUGGUACCCACUUCGAGGACCCCAACCAGACGAAGUGGACGCUCGCGAAAAGCCUGCUGCUGGAUCUUUUCAGGGGCCAGGAAGCGGGCGAGGUCGAUGUCGAGGGACUGCAGUAUAUGAUUAGCAUUAGUGCCGAGGAGGAGGCGGAUGGGGAGAAGGCGCCUGAGUUGCGCAUACGAUUCUACCUCAUUAAAACUCUGAAAUCCGGACACAAGCUUCCGCGCGUCGAAGUUGAGGAGAUGGGCCCGCGCAUCGAUGCGGCGCUAGGCCGCGAACAAUUCCCAGACCCAGACAUGCUGAAGGAUGCGCUCAAGAAGCCGAAGGGCGCCGAGCCUAGGACGAAGAAGAAUAUUGACAUGGAUGUUAUGGGUGAUAAGAUGGGCAAAAUCCAUCUGCCGAGGCAGAAUUUUGGCGAGUUGCAAAGUAGGAAGAUGAAGGGGUUGAAGCGUGGGAGGACACCGGAGGCGGAUGUGGAGAUGGAUGAUGCGGAUGUGGUUGUUGAUGAGGAGACGGUGCCGAAAAAGACAAGGGUCUAA